UCUUACAAAUUUCCCGCUCAUUUUCAAAGAUUGACCUUUAUCUUCAUUUGUGCCCUAACUUACUGGCUAGGGUUCAGUCAAAGCUAAGCUAUCUUCCUGGUUCUCUGUGAUGCCUUCCACCUACUAAUCUCUGAAACUCAAAUGUCUGCUUCCAUGGAGAUCCCUCUGCAAAACCCACCAGAUAUCCAAAUGUCUGAACAAAACGGAGUCGUCCCAGAAUCAGCUGUCUCUCCUUCCACUCUUCCCGAAGAAAAAUUUCUCGUUUCAGUUGAAGUCUGCUUAAAGACCUCGAGCACAGCUCGGAUAGAAGAUGUCCGUUUGGCCGUGGAGAAAAUGCUUGAGAAGAGGAGCUUAAGCUAUGUAGAUGGACCCAUUCCUGUGCCUCUUGACAACAAGUUUCUCACCGAUGAUGUGGAAAGGAUCCAAAUUUGUGACACAGAUGAAUGGGUGCAGAAUAAUGACAUACUUUUGUUCUGGCAAGUCAAGCCUGACGUGCACGUUUUUCAGCUUAAUGAGGAAGGACCAUCUGGGGAUUUAAGUGGGGAUGGACAACCUUCUACCUUCAACGAAUGGAGUCUUCCCGCAAAGGAAUUUGAUGGCAUGUGGGAAAGCUUAAUUUAUGAACCUGGUCUCAAGAAAAGGCUGCUGCGGUAUGCUGCAAGUGCAUUGCUCUUUACCGAAAAGGGUGUGGAUCCAUUUCUUGUUUCAUGGAAUCGCGUUGUGCUUUUACAUGGACCUCCAGGGACCGGUAAAACUUCCUUAUGUAAAGCACUUGCUCAAAAGUUAUCUAUUAGGUUUAAUUCCAGAUAUUCGCAGUGCCAAUUAGUUGAAGUUAAUGCACAUUCUUUGUUCAGUAAAUGGUUUUCUGAGAGUGGCAAGCUGGUUGCAAGCCUUUUUGAGAAAAUUCAAGAAAUGGUAGAGGAAGAAAACAAUCUGGUAUUUGUUUUGAUUGAUGAAGUUGAGAGUCUUGCUGCAGCUAGAAAGGCUUCUCUGUCUGGUUCUGAACCUUCAGAUUCUAUUCGGGUUGUGAAUGCACUGUUAACUCAGAUCGACAAACUAAAAUCAUCCCCAAAUGUGAUAAUUUUGACUACAUCUAAUAUUACUGCUGCUAUUGACAUUGCAUUUAUUGAUCGGGCUGAUAUAAAAGCAUAUGUUGGUCCUCCAACACUCCAAGCUCGUUACGAAAUUCUGAAAAGCUGCUUGCAAGAACUUAUUAGGACCAGAAUAUUAUCAAGCUUCCAGGAUUGCGAUCAAUUCAUGCUUCCAAACUAUACUAGUUUGAAGGAGAAAAUGAAUAUGACUGAGGGUCAGGAAGCUCAUACACUUCAGUUGUGCAAACAUUUGCUUGAAGCUGCAGAAGCAUGUGAGGGGUUGAGCGGACGGUCCUUAAGAAAGCUCCCGUUCUUAGCACAUGCAGCCCUUUCAAAUCCUUAUAGUUGCGACCCCAGCAAAUUUUUGUGUACAAUGAUUGAAACAGCGACAAGGGAACGUUCUGAGAUCGCUGACUGAUUUUUGUAAAUAGUGUAUUUUCAUGUGCGGCUAGCGACUGAAUUGCAGCCUCUUUUGCAAGUCGGUUUACUUGUAAUAGAUAGGGAUAUGAUAUUUGCAAGAUGAGAACACUUGUAAUAAAGAAAAUGAGGAAAGAAGUUGCUAUCUGAUUACAACCAUUUUGAUUACUCA